GCGCGGUGCCGCCUGGGGAAGAUGGCGGCGGCCGCGGAGGCGGCGGCGCGGCGGGUGUGGCGGCAGGAGCAGGAGCUGCGCUGGCUGACGGCGGAGGUCGGCCGGCUGAAGGAGCAGGGGGCGCUGAGCAGCCCCGGGGGCGGCAGCCCCGAGCUGCAGCGGCUGCGGGCCGAGAACGAGAAGCUGCGCUACCGCCUCCUGCACCUGCGCCGCAGCCUGGCGGCCGAGCUGGGCCGGGCGGCGCCGGCGGAGUCCCCGGCUGGCGGGCAGCCCAGUGCCGGGUGCUGGGGGGAGGCCGGGGCGCAGGGCUGCGCUCCAUGCGGUCCCUGCUUGCAGAAAGUCUCCAGCGCGAGUCUGGCGGUGGCGGUGAAUCAGAAUAAAGAGGAAAAGGAAGAAGCAAAUGAAGCUGUGAACCGACAUCGGGAUGAUCUGCAGUGUGGGCCAAGCUUCAUAGAAGACAGACUGAAGCUUUAUGAGGCUCUGAAAAAAGAGCAUGAUGCUUUGCUGGCUUACAGAGCGGCCAACCACAGCAAACCCAUCAAAGUUACUCUGACGGAUGGAAAGAUGGCUGAAGGGGAAUCUUGGAAAACCACGCCGUAUCAGUUAGCUGUGGGAAUUAGUCAAGUGUUGGCUUCAAAUGCAGUCAUUGCCAAAGUGAACGGUGAACUGUGGGACCUGGAUCGUCCGCUGGAGGGAGAUUGUACUCUGGAGCUGCUUAUGUUUGAUAAUGAAGAAGCCAAAGCUGUUUAUUGGCAUUCAAGUGCUCAUAUUCUUGGAGAGGCCAUGGAAGGUUAUUUUGGGGGCUGCUUAUGCUAUGGACCACCAAUUGAGAACGGAUUUUAUUACGACAUGUACAUUGAAGAUCGAGGUGUAUCUAGUAAUGAAUUCCCACUACUGGAAAACCGCUGUAAAAAUAUCAUAAAAGAGAAGCAGGCUUUUGAAAGGCUGGAAGUCAAAAAGGAGAUCCUGUUAGAGAUGUUUAAGUAUAACAAGUUUAAGUGUCGUAUCCUUAAUGAGAAGGUGAACACACCAACUACCACAAUAUACAGAUGUGGCCCACUGAUUGAUCUCUGCAGGGGUCCACAUGUGAGACACACUGGAAAAAUCAAGGCCCUUAAAAUAUUUAAGAACUCCUCUACGUAUUGGGAAGGAAAAACUGACAUGGAAACUCUGCAGAGAAUAUAUGGAAUAUCUUUUCCUGAUAACAAAAUGAUGAAGGAAUGGGAAAAAUUCCAGGAAGAAGCCAGAAACCGGGACCAUAGGAAAAUUGGAAAGGAGCAAGAACUCUUCUUCUUUCAUGAUUUGAGUCCUGGAAGCUGUUUUUUCCUCCCUAGAGGUGCCUUUCUUUAUAACACACUCAUGGAUUUCAUACGAGAGGAAUAUCACAGACGUAAUUUUACUGAAGUUGUAUCUCCAAACAUCUUCAACAGUAAACUCUGGGAAGCUUCAGGACACUGGCAGCACUACAGUGAAAAUAUGUUCUCUUUUGAGAUCGAGAAGGAAACCUUUGCUCUGAAACCGAUGAAUUGUCCAGGACAUUGCUUGAUGUUUGCCCAUCGUCCACGAUCCUGGAGGGAAAUGCCUCUUAGACUUGCAGAUUUUGGAGUCCUUCACCGAAAUGAACUCUCUGGGACUUUAAGUGGUUUGACUCGUGUAAGGCGCUUCCAACAAGAUGAUGCUCACAUCUUUUGCACAAUAGAACAGAUUGAAGAAGAAAUGAAGGGCUGUCUUGAUUUCUUGAAGUCAGUGUAUGCUGUCUUUGGUUUUACCUUUCAACUACAUCUUUCUACAAGACCAGAAAAUUACCUAGGAGAGUUAGAGGUCUGGGAUCAUGCAGAAAAGCAACUUGAAAACAGCUUGAAUGACUUUGGAGAGCAGUGGAAUUUGAAUCCAGGAGAUGGAGCGUUUUAUGGCCCUAAGAUUGAUAUUAAAAUUAAAGAUGCUAUUGGCAGGUACCAUCAGUGUGCUACUAUCCAACUUGACUUCCAGCUACCCAUUCGAUUUAAUCUUACAUAUGUUGGUAAGGAUGGCGAUGAUAAGAAAAGGCCAGUGAUUAUUCACAGGGCUAUCUUGGGAUCUGUGGAGAGAAUGAUAGCUAUUCUAGCAGAAAAUUACGGAGGAAAAUGGCCGUUCUGGCUGUCUCCACGGCAGGUCAUGGUUGUGCCUGUGGGACCUACUUGUGAGGAGUAUGCCCAGCAGGUUUGCAGAGAAUUUUUUGAAGCAGGAUUUAUGUCAGAUGUGGAUCUAGAUCAUAGUUGCACAUUAAACAAGAAAAUUAGGAAUGCACAGCUGGCCCAGUAUAACUUUAUCUUAGUGGUUGGAGAAAAAGAGAAAGCAAAUAACGCUGUCAACGUGCGAACAAGAGACAACAAGGUUCACGGAGAGAUUUCGGUAUCUUCUGCUAUUGAAAAACUGAAGGAACUUAAGAGUUCACAUACUCCAAAUGCAGAGGAAGAAUUCUGAUGUUGCAGUCCAGAAAAAAAUUUACUAGCUGCCCAUGCAAAAAUGGUGUUUCUUUCCUCCUGUGCAGCACUGAUGCUCAUCUGAGAGAAUUUUCAGUUAAAGGGUAUGCAAAAUAAGCAAUGUAGCAAUUUUGGUGCUCCAGAAAUAGCAUGAGAAGAUGGAUGCAACAGCCAACUCCUUUGGCAGCCCCACGGGAUUCCAAUCUGGGAGAGUUGCAGAAUGCUUAGUUCUAAAGUCCUACACCUCUGCUAAAAUAUGUUGGUUUUGCUGUGGAAAUAAAUUAGAGCUGCACAAAGUCAAGGAACAGGAGGUUGGGAAGGGUACUGGCAGCUGCUGCUGCAAUUGCUGAGCUACCUCAGUCACAUAGCAGUUGCAGAGCUGAUGUGACUUGGAAUCCAAAGCUUGGCAGUUUGUAGGUGCAUCAGGAGCAUUUUGGUUUAGUUUUUUUUCUAAUGCCAGAUUAUGUAAAAAAUUUUUGUUUCGUUUGGGGGGUGGAGGAUGGGAAUAGCUUGAUGCUUUUUAAACUUAUGCUCACAGGCUACGAAUACAUUGGUGUCUUUGUUGGAAAUCUCAGUGAAACAAGGCACUGACUGAGCUGGUGUGAUAACUGGUUGCUGUAAAGGUGACUGCCAAGAAUGAAGUUGAAUUACUCACCAUAUCUGUGUGUGGAAAGUGUUUUAUUUUUUCCUGUGUCAACUGUUGAUUUGGCUUUUUUCUAAAAAUUUUGAGAAAAAGCUUCCAUGUGUAAUUUACUGCUGUAUUUGCUUGGGGUACUGAGAAUGCCAAAAAAGCUGCAGAUGACAAUCUUAAUUUUAAAACACAGCAUGUUGAAAUUAAAUUAGCCAUAUUUAUCUGACUUAAUGCUUACAAAUUAUUGUAAAUUCACUGUUGCAGGCAAUUGAAUUGGAUUCUUUUGAGAUUAAUUUCUACCAUGAUUUUUUUAAUUUUAUAUGCUGGUUUUUAGUCAAGGCUUAGAUAGCAUUAAAGAUAAUUGAGUAACGUAUAAACUAUGCAAUUGUAGUUGUGAUUUCAGUACCACUGAAAUGAAGCAGAAAAUACUAUUUAGUGCUUAGAUGUUACACAAACACAAAGCGAGUGUUUUACUUCUGCCUGACAGUUGUACAGACUUGUGUUGUCAGCCUUUGUUUUGUUAGUUUGGUUUUGUGUAUGUUUUUACAAACUGAUUAUCCCCCACUUCUAAAAGAAAAAAACACCCACCAAAUAACAAAAAAUGGAAGGAACAAGUGCUGGGAAAACCUUCUGUUCCACUUUACAGAAUUAACAGGGGUGGUGGUGGGUGAUUUUGAUUUAUAUUUAUGAAUAAUGUGUUUUAUAUAUAAAAUAUAUUUUUUAUGGACUACAGCCUACAUGAUGCAUGUGUGAUAUAUUCAGACUGCAGAAUUAAAACCUUUGGGCUUUUUUUCAGUGAAUUUCAAGGUUUUGCAAAUAAAAGACUAACUUUUUAGCAUACAUC